AUGAAUAUAAUUCGCAGGUUCUGUGUUUCGACAGCAGCGAGCAACACAUCAACCUUUCAGGCGGUGGAAAAACGGAUCCACAGCCGCUACGAUCGAUUUCUGGAACUGACAGGCAAAAAAGUCGGUUUGCAGGUGCAACAGGACACCCAUGAGAGCGUCAUCGCGAUAUAUUUUCUGGACAUCCUGGGCCGACGAGGGUUCCGUCGCGAGACAGACAAGGUGAGGCGGACAGACAAGCUCAGAUUGGGGGACCUCCUUCCAGAACCACCAGCGGAAUACACAAAGGCAUCGAUAAACAGGUAUGUGACGUCUGUGUCAGAACUGGAUUUCCGUCGAUACCCCAGCCUAAUGCCGCAUAUUUCUCGAAUCUACAACGAAGUGACGAAUUCGCCAGAUCUAAAGCGACUUUCCUUCAAGCGGAUAAUCCGGUUUUUUGCCAAAACAUACAGGACGCUCGAAUGUUUUGAGGUCAGAGACAAAAUGAUCAAGAUGGGCUACCAGCCCGACACAGAGGUGAUGAACUUGCUUCUGGAGACAACGCUACAGAAACACCAUCCCAACAGAAUCGCCAAUGUGCUGGAAAACUUGCAAAUAAUGGACAAGUACCACCUUUUGCCGAACGCGACAACGUUUCAUAUUCUGUUUCGGGGCCUCAGAGACUUGGAUCUGAAAAGAGCGAUAUACAGGAAAAUGGAGACGCUAAAGAUAGAUAUGCGACCCGUGCAAGACGAAUUUUUUGAGUACUUGUCGCUGGACAAUAGAGAUCUGAGUGAAAUUCGGACGGCGAUGCAGGAGCACGGAGUUCGGACAACGAGCGUCGCAAUGACCACCAAGGCGGUCAAGGAACUAUUGGCCAGGGGCGAAGCCAAUGAGGCUUGGCGGUUGACGCUAGAUACCGCGCAAGCAAAUGACAAAUCGAGUCCUAGUUUUCGCGUUGUCCGCAAUCUUCUCUGGCAUUUUAUUCUAACGGGCGAGAUCUACUUUGCUAUUGCUCUAACUAAUUUUCUGAAAAGCAAAUUUCCCGAUUACGAGGACCUCGACAACUGGAAGCUAUUGGUCCAGGGCAUGGUGUACGUGAACCAGUCCGAGCACUGGGACCUGCUUGCGAAGAAACUGUACCAGCUGAACUACAGGGCGGCGAAGCACAGCGAGCGGAGUAUUUAUUUUGAUGCCGAGGAAAUUGCCAAAAUUAAUGCCGCGUCUGCCAACCCAAGAUUCGACAUUCGCGAGCCGUUCACCAAUAACAUACAGCAGCUUGUUAUGGACGAGAUUUUUCGGCGAUUAAUCUGGCAGGACCACCCGGAGUUUGACUUGGAAAAGAACAGUCCGAAUUUCAAAGAGGCUGCAAGGUUGCUGAUACAAUAA